AUGAAAAGCGAGAUAAUAACAUUAUGCUUCGCGCUCUGUUUAACCGUGGCCGUUACGGCGAGUAGCGAUUCCGACUACUACGGGAAGACCAAGGCGGCUAAUCUCAGGGAGGAGAAAGUGACACGUGUCCGCUUCUAUCUCCAUGAUACCCUCAGUGGCAAAAACCCCAGCGCCGUCCGAAUCGCGCACGCCAACUUGACCGGCCGCGCAGAUUCGGCGGUAGGGUUCGGAAGCCUGUUCGCGAUAGACGAUUCGCUCACCGUCGGGCCGGAGAAAGAUUCGAAGGAGAUCGGAAACGGGCGUGGGAUGUACGUGUCCGGGAGCAAGGACAUGAGUAAAUUCACGAUCGUGAUGUACGCCGACUUGGCGUUCACGACGGGGAAGUUCAACGGGAGCUCGAUUAGCGUGUUCUCGAGGAAUCCGGUGGCGGAAGAGGCCGGAGAGCGAGAGAUCGCAAUUGUCGGCGGCCGUGGGAGAUUCAGAAUGGCGAGAGGUUUCGUCAAAAUCAAAACGCAUCAGAUCGACAUGAAAACUGGCGACGCUGUUCUCCGAUAUGAUGCGACUGUUUACCAUUAUUAA